AUGAACGAAAGAGGUAGAACGUCAUCGGGGGAGGUACAGUUUGACCCACAUUUCCAAAUACCAAAGGGAGAGUCACGAACGCGACACUCGCGGCAGGGGUUACUCCAUCAAGCAGUAAGCUAUAGGUCUUCCAGUACAAGGUCUCUAACUCAGGCACCCCCUCAGAGCAUAAAGGGGCAAUACUGUGGUAUUCAGAGGCCCGAGUUCAAGCGGUGGAGCUCGUACGAUCUACCGCCAAAGGCGACAGGCAAUUCAAAAGAGAUUAGUCCGUUCACCAUACUUGAUGAUCAGUACAAUACAAAGCACCCAGGAGCAAGUAGCAUAAACUUGAGCACGGACAACUCAUUCAAGGAGUUGGAGAAAAACACAUUAAUGGAAACCCCUUCCAAGACAAAUCUUUAUGAGAAAAUGAGUGAUUUCGCUUAUGGAUUAGCUUCCUUUUAUUCGAGAGCUUCGCCUAUUGCUGAUGACAGCAUAACUGACGAAACCGACGAGGGAAUAAAUGAUACUCAAUAUGAAAUUGAACUGGUUGAGAGCCAAGAACCGCAACCUGAUUUGGAAGAAAUAGUGCGCAACCUCGCUCUCCAAUCAUCCGAGACCAACGCUCCAAAACUUAACCGAACCCAGCAAAAACUACUCGAUUUCAAAGAUCUCUACCAACAUGAAAAAAAUGAGUUGCCCGAAUUGAAAUACGAUUGGAAAAUCCAAAACGAAACGAUCCUGUCACAAUACACGACAAUUAGACUACGAUUCUCCUCGAGACAAGUUAGUCUGCGCCAAGUUGAAAGUGACGUGGGGGUCUUGGGAUUCAUUCAAAGGCAUCACGGCGGUGUUCCUCCGGCUGUAUCGACACCAGUCGGUGAAUCCGAUUCGUUGUUGAAACAAAUAUGGCAAGACGCAAACUCUGCAUUUAGUGAGUAA